UGCCAGUUUGAGGUCAUGAGACGUCCCGGAUGUUGACCUCGGCAUAGUGAUUUUUGCGACGCAACAAAAUCAAGUUACUGCAUCAAAAUGGGAAACGAGCAAUCACUUCCAGUUGAGCUAUGCUCCACUUUUGACACCGAAGAAAUCAAGAGGUUAGGGAAGCGCUUUCGGAAGCUGGAUCUUGACAACUCUGGAGCGCUGAGCGUGGAUGAGUUCAUGUCCCUGCCAGAACUCCAGCAGAACCCAUUGGUGCAACGUGUCAUCGAGAUCUUUGACGUGGACGGUAACGGGGAGGUGGACUUCAAAGAAUUUAUCCAGGGUGUAUCACAGUUCAGCGUCAAAGGAGACAAGGAGUCCAAGAUGAGAUUUUUCUUCAACAUCUAUGACAUGGACAAGGAUGGGUAUAUCUCCAACGGGGAACUCUUCCAGGUCCUGAAGAUGAUGGUUGGCUCUAACCUGAGAGACACGCAGCUGCAACAAAUCGUGGACAAGACGAUCACGAAUGCUGACACCGACCAGGAUGGCCGGAUCUCUUAUGAUGAGUUCUGCGCGGUUGUCGGAAAUACAGAUAUCCACAAAAAGAUGGUUGUGGAUGUAUAGCGCCCUCAAGUGUCAAAGUAACUUAAGGUACCCUUGUCUGUUUCUGCAACCACAUGGUGUGUCACAUGUAUUUUCAUCCCUCUCGCGUUCCCUCUUCAUGUACAUGUAGAUAUUGUUUAUAAUGUUACUACGUACAUGUUGUUUAUUUCUUGGAAAAAUCACAUGCUCUUGCGAAAGAACCUAGGUGUUACAUCCACUUUGUUGAGAAGUGAUAACAGAUUGUUACAGUUACUGGCAUUAAACCUGUUACACUGUGGUCUAUUUUAUCAACAAAACCACAUUAUGCCGUUUAAAACCUUUCAGUGUGAAGAGAUCAGAAAAGCCCAUUCAGCUGUUGUUGUAAAGAUCGACUUUCAUUUCAAUAGUCUGAAGAGCUCAUUCCAACCCGGGUAGUCUGUAUUGUGAAUGUCCAGAUCCUUGCUCUGAGUUUAAGCGAACAAGAAGAUUGCAAAGGAUUUUGACAUGAGACACAGUCAUCAACUGAGGAUUUCUGCCUAGAGCGUUUUUGUCGUGUGUGCGCACUCUUUGGGCAAACGUGUUGAGGACACCACACAGAAUUUUGAAGGGUGACAGGUGAGAGAGCUUGAUGCACAGCAAUACCAUCAGUUGUUGAUGGCCGCCGUGUACAGUGCUGGCUUGAGGGUUGACAAGAGUAUGGUGACAAACCCAGAGAAGAAUUUACUUGAAUGUGUAUUUACAACUACAGAACGGACAGGUGCACAGAAGAAAUCUCUAUAAGAAUGGGGCAGUUUUCUCUCACUUGUUUGGUCUCCUGGAAAAUAUUAACCAAAAAACCCCCUCAAUGCUCAAUUCAUGAAGAACUGGUACCGGUACGUCUGUUGCCAUUCAUGCAACCCCUUCUCAAGAUGACCUGUGCACGUGUACAUGUUGUACUCAUAACAGGGGUGCUUGUGGAAUUUAACCUCCUCACAGGGAGACUUGUGUGAGAGGAGGUUGGCUGGUGCUCUGACAAUGUAACAGACAGAUAUUACUGCUCAGUGUACCAGUGUCAGAGAUGAGUUGAGUGUACGUGUACCAUGGUUCUCCUCUCAUAAUCUCUGUCCAUUUUGUCUUCUUUCUCUAAGGGUUACCAUCAUUGUUUCUCAGACCAGUGGUUCUACUGCUGACCUUUUAUUUAAGUGACACCUGUGGUUAUCUUGUGAUCGUGUAUGUUUUAAAUAUUUUUACUGUGUACAUUAUUUUGUUAGUUUGCCAUUCUAUGUGGAGUUUAUAGUGAUGUGUCACACAACAUGCAUGUACAGAGACUACAAGUAUCACAGACCAAGUGGCUUGGGGAAGUCUGUCAAAUACUGUCCAAACUUUGAAGUGAAAUAAAAAGUUUAUAUUUUUUGGGUCAAUUAUUAUCGGCAUACAUGUACACGUACACAUGUUACUUUAGGGGCACUUUUUGAGCUCCUUUCACUUACAGUAUUAAGCCACAUGUAAUGCCCUUAUUUCUAUGAAGUGUCAGGAUUUACCCUGAACAGACAAUUUUUGGCUGUUACCCCCCCUCCCCCAUGGUCUAUUCGAUCUCAGAAUUUUCGAUAGACAUGAGAGACCAAUUUCAUGGACAUAGGUUCCUGAAAUGCAAAGAAUAAUCUUGAUGACCCAGCCCCAGAUGGCCCAGAAGUCUUCUCUCAGAGUGCUGAUGAAGAUCAAAGUCACUUGAAAUCUCUUGGAGGCGGCUCAAACACAAACUACUAGAUUUUAUUCCCUAUUAUACAACUUUUGAGGAUAGUAUAGUUUCAGAUUAUUAAAAAAACUGCAAAAACAAGCUGAACAGCAUUGAUUGUUGCUAUCAUGUUAACAUAUACUGGCACAUCAUCAAUUUGGUGGUGCAAAAAUCCUGUCCCAACAAGCCUUGGGAUAUACCAGUGUACACAUCAUAAAAAGAAAUGUCCAUGGUCUGCAAUACAUACCGAGUAGCCUUUUCGUAGUGACCGAGUGUAACGAUGUUUGGGUUUUGUGCCUUCUCCAGAUCUCAUAUGUGCAGGUACAUGUAGUCACAGUAAAACAGUAUCCCUUCACCAGAAAUAGGUAGAGAACUUUGCGGAUUUUUGGGGUAUGAUACUAUGUAAAUACAUGUACAUGUAUUCCAUUGUAUGCUUGUUACAUAAAUAUAAUAAAGAUGUGCGCCACAAUCUCCAGACGUCUUUGAAUCAAUAUUUACAGUAUUGCAUGUUCUAAGUGUUUGAUUGUAUGAAGCCAAUCAGUGAAGUUAAUUACCACACACAAUUAGUGAAACUCUUUGUACAUGGAUGCAUGUUUUCACAUUUAAAAUACAGAAUUCUUUCUCAUACAAGUACGUUUUCUCUAUUCAACUUGUGUGAAGGAUAUUG